AUGCCCUCUGAUCGAGACCCCGAAGACCCAGAUCGCAACAAGAAGCCCGAAAAGAUGCCCCACGAGGAGAGCGAGAGCAACCCGUUCGUCGCCUUCCGCCGCUUCGCCGAUGAACAAGUCUCCUCCGUCUUACAAUCCAUCACCGGUCUCCCAUCCGCCGUGUCGCCUCCCCAGCCAGACCACUGGACUAUCUUCACCGACGACAAAGCCUACAACAGCAUGAAAUUCCGACAGCGAGACGGUACCAGCGCAAACAGUGCGGGGGAUCAGAACUAUACGUCAGGUGGAAGCGCCGAGGGUAGCUCAUCCGGAAAUCGGGACGACAACGACAACCCUUCAGAUAACAACGGUGGCACACCCAUCUCAAAUUCAUCACAGUAUCGACCACCCACAGAAUCAGACUCCAAGACCUCGCAGUCGCGCCAACGUUGGUCCAACGAACCAUCCGACCCGCUUAGCCUCGACGCGCUCUCCUUCCCGCUCUUCUCUCAGCCCUUUCGCACAAACUUCACCUUUUCCAUGCCAUCAUUCUUCCAGCACUUCGAUGACCAGUGGCCUCUGAAUUACAUCACAUUCAGCCCCUACUCCCCUCUACACCUAGAACGGCAAGCACGCGACCUAGCGCGCCACGAAAAGGGCGUGUUUUCAUCCCUCGUGUCCUCCUUCCGGGAAGAGUCGGACCGUGACCCCAACGAGCCGCAAUGGCGCGAGGCCUUUGAAGAUCUCCUCCGAGUAGAAAAUGGCAUGUCGCUGUUGGAUCGCGACAGGUUGAUCGCGGGUAGAACCGAGAGCGAAUGGGACUGGCUGAAAGGACUAGUCAAGCGUGGGAGUAUGGGCCCCGGAUUCCAAUUCGUAUCGGGUCCGGGCAUGAAUGGAGUCUAUGGCAUCCAAGGCGCUGAAACCUACCGGGACAAAUUCUCAGAGGCGGCGGAAGCUGAACCGGAUGACGAGCUGGCCUUGUACGAGCGCUUCAUGCAGGAUCUCGAGGCUUGGGAGCGAGAUUUCUCUCAGGCUUUUAACAGAAGUCACAUUCUGCGCUCUCUAGUUGAAAAUCGCCAAAACAGACAUCAACUGGAGGAGUUGAAUCAGUCUGAUUUCCCUCGUGGCUUACCUCCACUCGAGGACGAACAAGGCGACGAUGAUAACGAGAGCUGGCUCGAUCUUGUCUCGGGCGGAAACCGGAAAUCCGUUCCUGAGACACCCGUCGAUUCUGUUCCCGCAAAUGGAUCCCCAUCAUCUCAGAUCAUCUCCACCAUGUCUCGGACAGAACAAACACGGCUCCCCGAUGGCUCGGUCCAAACAAAGAAAGUCGUGACGAAACGUUAUGCUGACGGCCGCGAAGAGACGGAUUCAUCGGUCGAGACGACUCAUCCUCGUCCUGGAAACGCGGACUCUUCGAGCUCGGGAGAGGACGAGUCCAAGCCGAAAAAUGGUUGGUUCUGGAAGGAAUGA